AUGCACCGUUACCAUCCGUAUCCGGUGCGUGGAUUGCCUCUUGUCUCUAUUCCAUCCACUUGUGUCCCCAACGAGACAACCAUCGGAUUCUCCGUCACUCUGGCGGACCUAGUGUUAGCCUCGGGUUCGUCUGUGUGCGGCGCGGCACAGCAGCCCAUCUUUUUAGCUGGCUUAGGAACAGGCGCAAUGGAGAACAGCCAGUCGGUGCACGGGACCGACUCGGGCGGCAGUGCCUCUGUGGGUCAUGACGAUGCCGGCUCAGAAGCUCGUCUAAACGCAGAGAGUGACGGCGGCUCUCCCGUGCAGGAUCCGGGAAAGAUGUUCAUCGGUGGUCUUAGUUGGCAGACAACUGCCGAAGGACUACGUGAUUAUUUUGCCCGGUUUGGCGAGGUGAAUGAGUGCAUGGUGAUGCGAGAUCCUGUCACGAAAAAAGCCCGAGGCUUUGGCUUCAUCACUUUUGCCGAUGCGUCCGCUGUCGAGAAGGUGCUCGCCGUAAGUGAUCACGAGCUUGACGGGAAAAAGAUCGAUCCAAAAGUGGCUUUCCCAAAGCGAGCACAAACAAAGAUGGUGAUAAAAACAAAGAAAGUGUUCAUUGGUGGACUCUCGGCUUCAUCGACACUUGAGGAUAUGAAGACCUACUUUGAACAGUAUGGAAAGGUUGAGGAUGCGAUGUUGAUGUUUGAUAAAACGACACAACGGCAUAGAGGCUUUGGCUUUAUCACUUUUGACAGUGACGAGGUGGCGGAUAAGGUUUGCGAGAUCCACUUUCAUGAAAUCAACGGGAAAAUGGUUGAAUGCAAAAAAGCUCAACCAAAAGAGGUGAUGCUGCCAGUGCAGUUGAACAAGUCGAGAGCUGCCGCAGCUCGAAAUCUCUACGGGUUAGCGCCUGAACAGUUGCUUGCUUAUGCUUCUUAUCUACCACGCUUUGGCUAUCCAAAUGCUAUGGUUUACCCAACAAUGACAAAUGUCUUCAACAUGCCCAACUACACGGCCAUCCCUUCAUCCCCUGGAUCGGGGUCGGUGGGAAGGGGAGCCCCGGGUUUCGACGCGGCUCUUUACGCCAUGGGCUCUGAUGUCUCUGCCUACGGGAACACUGUGUACGCGCCGAACACCUACGGGCAAACUCAUGGCGCACACGCUGCCUUUCAUAAAAUC